UCUGUUACUAACUGGUUUGAGGGUAGUUAGAGCUUAAGUGAGAUUCUACUAUCCCGCUGAUUGGCCCUCACGGCAUCUCGAAUUACAACGUGUUAUUAUGCUGACCAAGCAGAACACCGAGAAACGUAUAAGAAAUGAACCCACCAUGUAAGUUUACACGAUGUCUUUAUGAGUGACCAUACAUGACGGAAGGUCACUUAUUAUACAGAUGAGAAUUCAUCGUCCAUCUACACCACCGCAUCUUCACCAAUUACCCCACGUAUCUCCUAAUCCGGGCCAGUAUUAGUUAGGGUUACUACCAAACAUCCAUCCAUCUCCUUCACCCUCCCAACCCACUCAUAUUUCAUACUCAUCUCCACGUCCCCAAACCACAGUUCAUUUCGUAAAUCACCCAAAAUGCCCAACCCCAGCACCCGCCCCCGCACCCGCAGACCAAACCAAACAACCUUCACCCGCCCCUUCCCGGCGGCCGUCACCUACGACCUAUCCGUGCCGGACCAAGCCACCAUCACGGUACCGCUCGGCUCGUCGUGGACCUCCGGGCCGCACUGGCACGAGGCGCAUACGGAGUUCUUGGAGGUGCUGGCUGGCAGGGCGAGGGUUACGCUGGGGAGUAGGACUCUUGUGGUUGGGGUAGGGGCUGGGAUGGGGAAUGGGGAUGGGGUUUUGAGGGUGGAGAGGGGGGUUGUGCAUGAGUGGCGGAGGGCUAGUAGGGAAGACGAGGAAGAGGGUGGUGAGGAUGGUGGGGCGGGAGGAAGGGAGGUGGAAGGGGAAGGGGAAGGGGAAGGGGAGGAUGUGGAGGAGUUGGUGGUGAAGGAGUGGACGGAGCCGAAGGAUGGCGCGAAGGAGGUUUUCUUUCGGAAUUUGAAUGGGCUUGUUCUUGAUGCUGCUGGUGGUGGUGGCGGUGGCGGUGGUUGGAGGAGCGCGCUUCUUGAACUUGAGCUGUGGAAUUUGUUCUGGCGCGCUGAUAAUUAUCCUGUUGUUCUGGGUACUGGCGCGGGAUGGGUUAGGAGGGUGGCGACAAAGAUGGUGAUGGGUGCGGCUGUUGCGCUGGGAUGGGUGCUUGGGUGUCGCGGAGUUUAUGAGGAGUACGGGUUAGGGAGGUAGGGAUAUGGUAAGAUUCUUUUAUUUAAAAGGGGGUCGAUGAGAGGAGUAUUGGAUCUGGUACAUAGGAUGAUUUGUCCGUAAAAUAAAUUUAUAUUUAUUAAUCAUCAAUAACUAUGACCUCGGG